ACACACGAAUGAACCUAAAGGGUUAUGUUUUUUCUUUCAUAUGUACGGGACCCUAGAAAGGAUAUUUUCCUAAGCUUAGUAAAUAAUGUAAUCAUAUCACAAUGGCGUGUAAAUAAAUAGAACCUUUAAAUGCACGGUUUGUCUUCGCACAGGUACAGCUAUCAGACAAAAUUAACGACUGAGCGAUGCAAUGAAAAUGGCGAAAAUAUCAUUAUUUUAUUCUAUCGCCGUUAUUUUAGUUUUUGCUGCGGUCAUUAGUGCUGAUAGUAUAAUACCAAAUAAUCAGCUCGAGGAGCAAAUAUUAUCACUUCUAAAGAAAUGGCGUAAAGGAGGUGUCCAAACUAAUUUAUUUCCACUUCCUUCAUUGAAGACAACAAAUAUUAACAAAAUAGAUAGUUAUUACGAUGGAAGAGGAAUUAAUGAAAUAUUUGAAUGUGACGCAAAGUUUGGAAGAUAUCCGUGUUUCUGCAGAACUUUUCGUUCCAGUUUUGACUCUUCACUCAGAAAACUACAAUCUUAAGGGGCGUGCUUAUGUAUUUUAUCCACUUCAAGGACACGGUAAAAUGACGGUUUUGAUCCGCGAUGUGGACGUAUCAUUAAGCGUUCAUUUUGCUAAUGUAGCUGAUGUCAAUAUGAGGAUAGACGAUUUCGCAUUGGAAUUCAAUAUAAGCAAGGUCGAUGCUACUUUAGAGAACAGUUCUUGGCCAAUUAAUCAAGUGCUGAACAAAGAAGGUGUGCAAAUUAUUGAAAGCUUUCACGAAGACAUAGUAAAUGCUGCAUGGGACUAUGCUGUACCGUACGCCAACGACUAUUUAGCUAACAUCUCCCCUGGUGACUUUUUGAAAAUAAUAUCCGAUAUAAGCGCUAAUUCAUAUAUUAUUAAUAAUAAUACCAAAUAA